UAUGUUUUGGUGCUUGGAUAAAUGCUAUGCAUGAACGACAAGAAAAAUGUAAGAAUGCAGAUUCUGUAGUUAAGAAUAAGAGACAAGUUCAGAGUUCCUAUAACAAGAAUCACUACUAAUUUGUUUAUGGAAAAUAUCUCAGGUUUAGUUACACUAGCACAGAUAGUAGUAACUAUGAGUCCAACAAUCUUUUUCUCUAUGCUUUUGUUCCUUCUCCCUCUCUACCUUCUCCUGAUCGCCUGCAGGAAAAGUUCAAAAAAGCUACCACCAGGUUCUUUGGGUUUCCCUAUCAUUGGCCAAACUUUCAGCUUCCUAAGUGCCAUGAGGAAAAAUAGAGCAGAAGAAUGGCUUCAGGAUAAAAUAAGAAAAUAUGGCCCCAUUUCGAAAAUGAGCCUUUUGGGGGCUCCAACAGUAUUCGUAUGCGGUCAGGCUGCAAACAAGUUCAUCUACACCUGUGAUGAUAGCCUACUUGCCAACCAGCAACCAUCGUCUAUAAGAAGGCUUUGCGGCGAGAGGAAUAUCCUGGAAAUGAGUGGUCAUGAGCACAAGCGUGUUAGAGGAGCUCUUGUAUCGAUUUUAAAGCCUGAAGUGUUGAAGCAAUAUGUUGGUAAGAUGGAUGAAGAAGUCAGAAAGCAUUUCAAGAUUCAUUGGCAUGGAAAGAAGAAGGUUUUGGCAAUGCCAUUGAUGAAGACUCUUACCUUCAACGUUAUGAGCUCACUGAUAUUCGGAAUAGAGCAAAGUGCAAAAAGAGAGAUACUUGUAGAGCUCUUCAAACAACUGCUGAAGGGUGUUCUUUCUGUGCCAAUCAAUUUUCCCUUCACAUGCUUCAACCGUAGCCUCCAAGCUAGAGAAAAAAUCAGAACGAUUGUCAUGGAUCUGAUUCAUGAAAAGAGGGCUGCAAUGGAGGAUCAAAUCACCUCUCCACGACAAGAUCUUAUCACCACACUGCUUAGUCUCAGAAAUGCGGACUUUUCAGCAGCAUUAUCUGAUGAGGAAAUAGUAGAUAAUGUUAUCCUUAUAAUGAUAGCUGGAUAUGACACAACUUCCAUCCUCCUCAGUUUCUUGAUCAAUAUUUUAGCCAAUAAUCCAUCUGUUUAUGCCAGCGUUCUUCAAGAACAAGAGGAGAUUGCCGGGAGUAAGGUCUCAGAGGACCUUUUGACAUGGGAUGAUCUCCAGAGAAUGAGAUACACAUGGAGAGUAGCGACGGAGUCUCUAAGGAUGACCCCUCCAGUGUUUUCCUUCUUCAGGAAGGUCCUAAAAGAUUUUGAAUAUGAAGGAUACCUAAUUCCCAAAGGAUGGCAGGUAGCCUGGGCAGCCUGCAUGACACACAUGGAUGAGUGUGUCUUCCCAAAUCCAUCAGAUUUUGAUCCGGGACACUUUGACAAACAGGCAUCAGUUCCUCCAUAUAGUUUUGUGGCAUUCGGAGGCGGAGCUAGAAUAUGUCCUGGAUAUGAAUUUGCAAGACUUGAAACUCUGAUAACAAUACAUUACCUAGUGAACAGGUUUACAUGGAAGCUAUGUCACCCAAACACUUCUUUUUCAAGGGAUCCAUUGCCAAUUUUCAAGGAUGGACUGGAGAUAGAAAUUGAGCCAAAGAUCCCUACCAAAGUAAACUGAAUGCAAACUCCUACAUCUAUUCCAAUGGAAGUUAAAAACAGAUGCUCUAUAUGAUACUAUUCCAUUACAAUAUAACUGUUGAAAUGAAAUUCCAACUAGU